AUGGACGUGCUGGAAGAGAAACUUGCUGAGAUCGAGCGCGCGCUCGGCGUCAACGAAUUUUCGGAAGCAAAACCCGGUGACGUAGACCUGGAGUCGAUCAAAAAAGUGCUCGAACAAAAGGGCUGCUCCCACGUUCUCAAGGUCCCCGGCAACGAAUUGCGCCGAAUGAAGGAUCUUUUGGGAGAGCCCAAUCUACAACCUCUGGAUGAGAAGCUGAACACCGUUCAAUACUGCAGCGAGAUGAUCCGAAAACGCGUAGAGCUGCUCGAGCAGUGGAAGACGCAUAUUAUGCCAGUGCUCCAAUCCGAAGCCAUCGCCGCUAGCCCACAGCACGCGGCUGCCCUCGAAGCGCUGGAAAAGGAUAUGCAAAAGACGUCCGAAAUUUAUCAAAGAGAAAUCAUCGAACUCCUCACUUUCCGCGACGAAUUCAAGGACAUCAUGAAUUCCCUGAACAGCCGGCUAGAAAAUGCGGCUUCCCGGAUACGCGUUCUGGAUGCGGCUGAAGAGGCUUCUUCC